GAACCUCCAUUUUAUUGUAACUUUUUGCUAGCUUUGAAAAAUUCUUUGGAAUUGUUCAUAUUCUGAUUCUUAGCUGUGUAUUUUUCUGCAUUUGUUGUCUGCAUAUUUGUUAUUCUCAAGGAAAACCCAUGUUAGAUAAUCCACCUUGGUGGUCUCAUAUCACCUGACUUUGUCCCUUUUGCUUUAAUCAAUUUCCUUGAGAUCUGUGACUUUUGAGGAAAUAAAAGUUCAGUCUUUCCCUUUGUUGGGUCAUGCUUAAAAAUUUAAGAUUCCUUCAGAAUAGCUGCUGAGGUCCAUUCAUACUUGGAACACCAAAAACACUUAAUUCUUGUAUAGCUGUUGCGGCUUUUAAAAAAUUUGAGAGAAAACAGUUCUGUUUUCCUAGGAUAUGCAAUAUGAGGGACACUGGUAACAUCUCUCAGUACCGAGCUAAGUUAGAUCAGACAUUGUCGUCUCAUGAUCUUGUAAAUGAUGAUUUACUUAAAAACCUUGUCAAGAAUCAAAUGCUACGCUCGUCAGAAUGUGAUCUUCAAGAAUGUAGUGACAACCUAGUAGAGCGAAGAACCAAGGAAGUGGCAAACUUCCUGAGCAUGUUAAGGAGUACAUCUGUAACUGAUAAUGAGAAGGCAAAAUCUUCUGAAGCAGCUCAUCCUGUUUGGAAAGUAAAACAAGAUACUGAAGAUUACCGUGUUAUGUAUCGAGAGGGACCAGAAGGCACUCCCUUCCAUACCCUCCUUGUUGAAGGCUAUGUAGAUGGCCCAUCAGAUGUUUGUUUAUGCAUCUCAUGGGGGGCAGAGUUCUACAAGAAAUGGUGGCCGCAAACCACAAUUCCAACAUUUAAGAUUGCAGCCUCCGAGUGCCUGCAGAAGGUCAGAGAGGGUGAACAAAUAUGUCUAGUAAGGAUGAAGCUUUCAUGGCCAUUGUCAACAAGGGAGGCCCUUGUACAUUUCUUUGUAUUUGAGUACAUUCAAGAUGGUCUGAUAGUAGUGCUUCUAAAUUCGAUCUCUGAUGUAGAUACCGUUGAUAGAAGCACUCACGGGUACUCGAAAGACGGAAUACCACCACCGCAGGAUGUAGUACGAAUUGACGUGGUGGGAGGUUUUGCUAUCCAGAAAGUUACUGAUAAUCGUAGCUACUUCAGGACUAUAGCAAACAUGGAUAUCAAACUGGACUUUGUUCCUCCUUCAUUCAUCAAUUUCCUUUCAAGGCAGCUCGUAGGUGCUGGCUUCAAGCUGUAUAAAAAGGAAGUAGCUUCGGUUACCAAAGGUGACGAAGAUUUCAGCAAUGCUCUAAAAGAUCCACUAUAUGAUCGAAUACGAAAAGCACUUUAUUCAGAUAAUGUACCUAAUGACAAUGAGGCUUUAGAAUUACAAGACCUCAAGGAAGAAGCACGUGCUAGUCUCGAUGAAGGGGCAAGAGAUAGCAAUGGGGCUUCGGGACUGCAAAAGGACUUCAAGAAAGAUGCAUGUUUUGGAGUUGAUGAACGGACAGGAGAUGGAAAUGGUGCUUUAGAGUCACAAGACCCGAUAAAUGACGCCUAUGCUCAUCCGGAUCAAGCAACAGGAACAAAUGUUGAAGAUAAUAAAGUUCAUGAAAUUGAGGAAAUUAAUGAAGAUACAAGUGAAAUGAUUGAAAGUUUAGAUGAGAAUGAAGAGAAAGUCGGGGAUUCUCCAGCUAAUCAACUCGUAGAUGUGCCUUCCAACAACAAGAUGGUCGUGAUUAGAUCUGAGGUUCGACAAGCUCUGGGAACUUUGGAGAAGGCUAUUUCUAUCAUAAGGGAUUUUGGAUAUAAUUUGGAAAUUAGAUCUGUUUCCGGAAAUGCUACUGUUAAGUCUUUAGGUGUAGAGGAGGAUGGACGGAGAGACUCAAAAUCAUCAGAAACUGAUCGAAUUCAUGGAACUCGCAUAGCUUGCGCUGAAUCACCCGGAAAAGAAUUAUCAGAGGCGACACGCAACGAACACAGGAACAGCUCUGCUAGUCAUGGUUCCAGGCGUACAAGUUCUAGUUUGUGCACGAGGGAAGCUAACCACAACACGAAGAUUGCUCCUGCAUCACCGGAUGAUUAUGUUGAAAUCUUAGGCGACACACAACACAUUGCUGUACAUGUAGACCAAAUGAAGGAAGAAAAUGUCGCGUCUGUCCAUGGAAAAAAACACGGUAUAAGAAGACGAAAGCUACCAUUUUACUGUUGCUUGUCUUUUAAACCAGAACAAGUCAUGAGUUAAAAAGAGCAAUUUUGUUCAUAGGAGAAAGCAGCUAUAGUUUACCUGUUACUACAUAUGUAUAGUUCUUAUGUAAUUAAGGGUCAAAACCAGAGUGUUCUGUACCUA